AUGUCGUGGCAUGUAUGUGCAACGGAUGAAGCCACUCCACUGGAGCGGCUUGCACAGAAUCUCCUGGCUGGGGAAGGUCGGGAACUGAGAACAAGCCCAUCGCAUUCCUUCGAGAUGUACGUGGUGGCUGCCGAUGUCGUAGUUAGCAUGAAAGAACUCGUCCCACAUGAGACGCUACUGGCGAAUGGGUCCUUGAACUCCUUCGACGAGAGCCAAGGCAAUGCCAUGUUUGUAUCACAUCAGUGGGCGGGCUCCUCUCAUCCGGAUCCAAACAUGGAGCAGUUUUGCGUACUGCAGGAUGCUUUAAAAAGCAUUAUGUCGGGGGCUUCCUCCAUAUCCGGAAACAUCAGCUUCGAACUUUACACCGGGGGGCGAGGCAAUGUGUCGGCCGAUCAGAUGUCAGCCAAGAAGCUCUUCGUCUGGUACGACUUCUUCUCCUGCCCGCAGUCUGCCUCAGCCGAACAGCCGCGUAAGUUGGCCAUCCGAAGCAUUCCGGCUUACGUGGACAGGUGCCAGUUCUUCAUCAUCCUCUGCCCCCCCGUGCAGCACACAGAGCAGGAGUUCACUCUGAACCGCCGCAGUUGGGAAAGCCGAGGGUGGUGCCGGCUAGAGCGCAUGGCGCAAGAGCUCACGACAAGGGCUGAUGAAUGCUUCGCGGUAGAGUUCAAGAGUGCUACUCGCCACGAGGAAGUGGCACCUUUCGGCCGGGAGAAGGCCCCUGUAGGACUAGGGCAUUUUACGGUGGAGUCAGAUCGGCAAAUGAUAGCGCCGGUUUUACAAGGCAUGGUGCGCAGGAAGCUGCACUCAUAUCUGCUGCAGGGCGAGGUUCACAACUACCGGCUAAUGCUGAACCUGCAGCGUGUCCACUACAGGGGUCUCCCCCUCAACCCAAUUGAUGACCUAGUGCCGGCGGUUCAGUCAAGCACGCAAGACCCGGCUGCGUUCGCCGCAGAAAGCUUUCUGCUCCAGAAUGGUUUUCAGUCCGUCUCUGAGCGAACAGCUGCUGGCUGGACUCCAGUCUGCUUUGCUGCUCUGGAUGGCAGUCCGUUGUUGAUGAUGGCACUUCUAGAGAUGCGUGCAAAUGUAGAUGAUCGCAUCGAGAAUACACAGCCAUCGAGCACAUUCGGACAGAACGCUCACUUGAUCCACAUGUGCGCCUUCCUUUCGAACAACGAUGCUCUCCACGUCCUCUUAGGCUGUCGGGCAGAUUUAAGGUUACUGGAUCGCUACGGAGCGACGGCGCUUCAUUGGGCCGCCUUUGCCAACAACGUGGAUGGCAUUGAUGCAUUGCUUUCGGCUGGCGUAGAUCCGAUUUGCCGGAAUAUCCUGGAUGCUACCGCCUUCCGAGUGGGAGCUCUUGCAGGUUCCGUCGAAGCCAUGAAGGUACUGCUGCCUCUGACGCCAAGUCACGAAGUCCACCUUUCCGUUCACGAUGCCCUCCUCCACGGAGCGGGAACUGCAGAGGUGAUGUCGGCUUUGAUCACGAUGAAAGCGGAUGUCAACCACCAGUUAGCAACGCCGUUUUUGAGCCCACUAGGCAUUUGGUUCGGGUGCCUCAGUUUGCGACACCGAUGGAGUGAAUCGAAGCUGAGUGCUUAUGCAUACCAUCACUACAGCGCCACCCCUCUCAUGGGCAGCAUCAUAACGACAUCCUUCGAGGCGACCAAGGCCCUGCUUGCAGCAGGAGCCCGAACAGAUCUGCGAAAUGCACGUGGGCGGACUGCAGCGGACUUGGCCGUUGAGAUGGGAGCUCCCGACUACGUCCUCUCUGCAUUGGCGGAUCCUACUUAUGCUUCCGUCAGUGACGUGGGCACAGCAGACUCGGACACGCACACAGUCACGACGCGGCUGUAA